GUCAUGCUGCGCCUCAACACCCCCCAUCUGCGCCCGCCACCGCCUCCAGACAGCGGGGGCAGCAGUGGUGGCAGCAGUGGCGGCAGCGGCGAUCCCACAAGCCCGCCGGUGGUAAUCACGGCCUCCCACUUCCUGCCGCACCCCGCUCUGCCGUGCUCCCCCUUCGUGCCUGAGCUCCGGAAAGCGGUCGGCUGCGCGGCGCUGCUGGGCCAGCUGGCCGCUCUGGGGUCCUCAUGCCACGUCUACGGCCACACACACAUCAACGCCAGCGCUGCGCUCGACGACGGCCAUGCUGCUGCGAUGGACGGUGCCCCCUUGUCGCACUGUGCUGUCGUGACGCCUGCUGCGCCUGCAGCUGCCGCCACCAUGAGCGACAGGGGCAGCCGUGGGGACGGCUGUCAUAGCAUGCAGCGGCGGGAGGCGUCGCCGGAGGGUGGCGCCGGCGGCGGUGGCCGGCAGUACGUGCAGUACGCGCUUGAGGCAGCCUUUGAUGACAUCAGCGUGACCAGGCGGGGCGCCACGGGGCUGCCCGGCCUGGCAUGCGUGUUUGGCGGGCAGAGGCUGACCCAGAGCCUUGUGCUGGCCGACAUCGCGACUGGGAAGCUGGACGGUAGCUAG